AUGGUGCACCAACUUCGUGAAAAUAUACCAGCUGUUAAUGUGCAGCCAACCUUCCACCUGAUCGAAGCGGAGAUCCUAGAUCUUUCAUAUGAGGCAUUGGUACUACAGGUUGAUGGCAAUGUGAGAUUGGAUAAAACAGCAAGAGAUCCUGCCGCCUGGAGAGAUCGUGUAGGUGUUAAAGUGGCGGGCGGCCCUAAUGGCAAACCUCCUGGUCAAAUAGCAACUAAACUGGCAGCGCUACCAACCGUUCCUCGUUUAGGUGAUAGGUGCACAAUGUCUUUGUGUGGACAGUUUGGAACGCUUGGAGCCCCUGGAGCCAUGCCGCUUAUGCUACUAGCGGUUAGAGUUGAUGAUCCUCACGAUGAUAGACUUCAACCCCCUCCGCUUGGAAUUGCAAUUGGAAAGGCGAAUUCUGAUCACUUUUUGAGGAGAGGGGUUUCUCAUAUAAUGUCCCGCGCAAUGAAUAUCAGAAGGGGAAUUCCUGACGACUUUAAUCCCGACGAUGCUGAUCAAGUCAAUGAAAAUCAAUGGCAAAUGGAUCCACCUCUAUCUAUUGCAUUCCCUCUGAUAGGAUGUAGAACAGGGUACGGAUAUACUAACGCAGCCGAAAAUAUCCUGAGCGCAGUCCUUGGAUGGUAUCACGAUCUAAGAUACACCCCACAAUUUGGUGACGCUGCAAUGCGCGCUUUCAACAUUUCAGAUAUAUAUCUCGUCGUUCCUCCAAGAACCACUUUGAAUGUGCGCACUCUAAAGCCUUCAUUAAUUCAAUCUGCCUGGGAAAAGGCAUGGGAUCGAUAUCUGCCACCUGCUCUUAGCAUCCCACCCGUACGUUGUGCUAAAGAUGUCGAAGACAUCCUGACCGAUCAGAUUCGACAAUACAGCACCAAAUAUUGGACACCAGGCCUUGGUCAGGUGUUAUUGAUUGAUGGUGUGGAUAAUGUGGCAGGAGGGUUUCCACUAAACCUCACCCCGUGGCUACCGGAGAAUAUCACUGAUGCCUGGAUCAGACGUAAUUGUAGAGUUCUUAGAAAAGGCACAAUAAAGAGAAUAACUGAAAUUUGA